AUGCUUUAUUUGUGGGAAAAAGGGCAUUUCUCAAAAGAAUGUCCUAAUAACACCCAUAAAGCUGCAAAAUUAAUUAACUCUCUUCAACCUCUAGAAGGAGACUUAGAAUAUUUGUAUUCUGAACAAAGCUCUGCUGAUGAAGAAACAAUUUUUUCCCUUCAAGACUCUUCAUUUGAUGAAGCAUCAUUUUCGGAGUCAGAAGAUGAAAGAUAUCUCCCGGUUUACUCCAUCAAAGAGAUAGGCAAUUCUCUUCCUACUACACCACUUCCUUGUAUUGAAGUCCAUGUUCUCGCAACAAAUUUUUCCCAUCCAAAGAAAGUUAUAGCUUAUAUGGACACUGGGGCCCAGAUUACCAUGGUGAAUCCCAACAUUCUCUCUGCAGAAUCAUGGGUGACACAUGCUGCAUACUUUGUAGCAGCGAAUGGAAAAGUUUUCAAGACAAAUCUAAUGACCAAGGAGAAAAUAGGAAUUAAAUUCUUCCCAGACUGCAUAGUCUGGACCAAGGUCAUUGGCAGUAAUCUCCCAAACAAAGAUAUUGUAGUAGGAAUGGAUGUCUAUUCAGCAGCAAUUAAACUCAAAAUUCUCCCCACAGAAAUCAAAUUCAAAAGAGAAUUCAAGCUUUAUUCUGGGAUACUAAAACUAUAUUCACUUUCUAAGGUUCCUGCUGGCUAUGAAGAGAUCAAGUCCAACCUUCUCAGUCUAUGUGCAGAUAGCCAUGAAAAAUUCCGCCACCCAAAACCUCUAUGGAAGAAUAAAGACUUCUUCGUUCAAAUUCCCUUCAAGCUCAAUGAAGAUGUUAAUCCAACCAAGGCCACUCAUCCAGGGAUGAGUCCAUUAGAUUACGCAUUAGCUAGGGAAGAAUCUAACCAACUGCUCAAAAAAGGUCUGAUAGAACCCACCAAAUCAGAAUGGGCUUGCCAAGCAUUCUAUGUGGAAAAGAGAUCUGAAAAGUUGAAGGGAAAAAAGAGGCUAGCAAUUGAUUACAAACCUCUAAAUCAUUUUCUCAAAGAUGAUAAAUUUCCCAUUACAAAAGCCUCGUCCUUAAAUGUUUUCAUCAAAGAUGCCCAAAUCUAUUCUAAGUUCGACCUUAAGUCAGGAUUUUGGCAAUUGGGUAUCGACCCUGAAGAUCGCUAUAAAACGGCGUUCUGCAUUCCUAACGCCCAGUACCAAUGGACCGUGUUACCAUUUGGGCUUAAGGUAGCCCCAUCACUCUUUCAAAAAGCCAUGACUAGAAUUUUUGAGCCCAUCCUCAACAGUAUCCUCAUCUAUAUUGAUGAUGUGUUAUUGUUCUCAAAAGAUGAAAAAACCCAUAAACAAUUAUUGGGCCAAUUUCUUCAAAUAGCCCAUCAGCAUGGAAUGAUGCUCUCUGAAAAGAAAAGUCAAUUGGGACAAACAUAA